AUGGAAACAGGCACAUCCAGCCAGUCCAGGACAGUUUCAGCAACAAACUUGACGGUCGGGUUGUCGGCCUUCCAACGGUACAACUGGGUCUUCAUCUUGUCCAGGCCAUUUCUGGCAUCAGCUACCAUGCUCUGUUCAGUUUCGGUGAACAACUUGGUGUCAAUAUCAAGUCUUGGCGUCUCCAGCUUCAAAGUAGCACUGAUUCCAAGCUCAGAGAUGAUUUCAGUCACUUUACCAGAGAAUGAAACGAUUUCUGGCAGCUUCUGGACAACAUGGACAAUUUCGUGUGUUUGCGGGUCAAUAGCAACAGGUUUGCCCGAAUUUGCAACCUUGAAGCUCUUCAAAACAUUUUCGACCGUCACAUGUAGCACCGAAACAUCGGCAAUCUUGUGA